AUGCAGGUGCAGGUUAUUACAUCUGAUACUAGUCCCCCUACCCCUGGCACAUCUGAUACUAGUCCCUCUACCCCUGGUACAUCUGAUACUAGUCCCUCUACCCCUGGCACAUCUGAUACUAGUCCCUCUACCCCUGGCACAUCUGAUACUAGUCCCCCUACCCCUGGCACAUCUGAUACUAGUCCCCCUACCCCUGGUACAUUUGAUAGUAGCCCCCCUACCCCUGGUACAUCUGAUACUAGUCCCCCUACACCUGGCACAUCUGAUACUAGUCCCCCUACCCCUGGCACAUCUGAUACUAGUCCCCCUACCCCUGAUACAUUUGAUACUGGUCCCCCUACCCCUGGUACAUCUAAUACUAGUCCCCCUACCCCUGGCACAUCCAAUACUAGUCCCCCUACCCCUGGUACAUGUGAUACUGGUCCCCCUAUCCCUGGUACAUCUGAUACUAGUCCCCCUACCCCUGGCACAUCUAAUACUAGUCCCCCUACCCCUGGUACAUUUGAUACUAGUCCCCCUACCCCUGGUACAUCUGAUACUAGUCCCCCUACACCUGGCACAUCUGAUACUAGUCCCCCUACACCGGGGAUAUCUGAUACUAGUCCCUCUACCCCUGGCACAUCUGAUACUAGUCCCUCUACCCCUGGAACAUCUGAUACUAGUCCCCUACCCCUGUCCCCUACCCCUGGUACAUCUGAUACUAGUCCCCCUACCCCUGGUACAUCUGAUACUAGUCCCCCUACCCCUGGCACAUCUGAUACUAGUCCCCCUACCCCUGGCACAUCUGAUACUAGUCCCCCUACCCCUGGUACAUGUGAUACUAGUCCCCCUACCCCUGGCACAUCUGAUACUAGUCCCCCUAUCCCUGGUACAUGUGAUACUAGCCCCCCUACCCCUGGCACAUCUGAUACUAGUCCCCCUAUCCCUGGCACAUGUGAUACUAGCCCCCUUACCCCUGGCACAUGUGAUACUAGCCCCCCUACCCCUGGCACAUCUUAUAUUAGUCCCCCUACCCCUGGCACAUCUGAUACUAGUCCCCCUACCCCUGGCACAUCUGAUACUAAUCCCCCUACCCCUGGGAUAUCUGAUACUAAUCCCCCUACCCCUGGCACAUCUGAUACUAGUCCCCCUACCCCGGGGAUAUCUGAUACUAGUCCCUCUACCCCUGACACAUCUGAUACUAGUCCCCCUACCCCUGGCACAUCUGAUACUGGUCCCCCUACCCCUGGUACAUCUGAUACUAAUCCCCCUACCCCUGGGAUAUCUGAUACUAGUCCCUCUACCCCUGGCACAUCUGAUACUAGUCCCCCUAUCCCUGGCACAUCUGAUACUAGUCCCCCAACCCCUGGCACAUCUGAUACUAGUCCCACUACCCCUGGCACAUCUGAUACUAGUCCCUCUACCCCUGGCACAUCUGAUAGUAGUCCCCCUACCCCUGGCACAUCUAAUACUAGUCCCCCUACCCCUGGCACAUCUGAUACUAGUCCCCCUACCCCUGGGAUAUCUAAUACUAGUCCCCCUACCCCUGGCACAUCUGAUACUAGUCCCCCUAUCCCUGGCACAUCUGAUACUAGUCCCCCUACCCCUGGCACAUCUGAUACUAGUCCCACUACCCCUGGCACACCUGAUACUGCUCCCCCUAUCCCUGGCACAUCUGAUACUAGUCCCCCUACCCCUGGCACAUCUGAUACUAGUCCCCCUACCCCUGGCACAUCUGAUACUAGUCCCCCUACCCCUGGCACAUCUGAUACUAGUCCCCCUACCCCUGGCACAUCUGAUACUAGUCCCUCUACCCCUGGCACAUCUGAUACUAGUCCCCCUACCCCUGGGAUAUCUGAUACUAAUCCCCCUACCCCUGGGAUAUCUGAUACUAGUCCCCCUACCCCUGGCACAUGUGAUACUAGUCCCCCUACCCCUGGUACAUCUGAUACUAGUUCCCCUACCCCUGGCACAUGUGAUACUAGUCCCCCUACCCCUGGCACAUCUGAUACUAGUCCCUCUACCCCUGGCACAUCUGAUACUAGUCCCCCUACCCCUGGGAUAUCUGAUACUAAUCUGGCAUAUUAG